GUAUUUACGAUUUAUAUUACUGACGACUUUGUUCUUCUUGUAUGUGGUCAGCAUUUUCACACAUGUAUACACGAUACUUAGCGCUAGAAUUUGCUGACCAGUUAAAUAAAGAAUGAAAUACUCUGGAAAAUGCUGACGGCGGCUGUAUGUACAAUUUAUAUUGCUGACGACUUUGUUCUUUUUGUAUGUGGUCAGCAUUGCGUAUAUGCUGAAAGUGUUAUAAGAUAUAUAUGUUUAUAUAAUAUUUUAUUUUACAGGUCAUUGUCGUUAUAGUUGGGGCGAAUGAUAUUGGGCGCAAAUCAUCAGAGGCCAUUGUAUCCGACAUAAAGAAGUUCUGUACCGAACUCCGUUGUGAGUCUUCAAGUGCCACUGUUGUAGUAUCUGAAAUUCUUCCAAGGUGUCAGAACAUGUUUGAUGGAUGUGAGCGAUCGAAAGAUUUCCUAGACAGAUGGAACUAUGAGGCGGCCACGAGCAAUUCAGCGUAUCCGCCUACACUUACUCGUGCAAAAACAGUUACCAAACCUGAUGUGCCAAUGAUGUUAAGAAAUCGUCCGCAGAAGUGUGAAAUUGUGUUAAUUGAAACCGAUACAAAGUUCUAUUUAAGUACAGAUAGUGUUAAGCUCUUUGGUGGUGGGAAUGACGCACCUAUGUUCACGAAAACGGACCGAAAACUUACACAUCAUGAAGCUGCUGAUAUACUCCAUCAAAAUAUUAAGGACAGUAUAACAUAUGAUCCGCCGUACAGACCAGAGUCAGGUUCUGUUUUUCUUUAUGACGAUUCAGGGGAUGUCACAAAAAAGGAAGACUGGCGUGCAGACGGUUACACUUGGAAAAAUAACGGUAGACGUGUUUACAAGACAGAGGGAAAAGACAUCGAACGAACAUUCUUUAAAAUAAGAAACCAGGGUAUCGACAGCGACGGAUUCCAAAAACAUGUGUUUCGUUUCACGGAUAGUGACUAUAAUGGAAAGACAGUAAUAGUGUAUUACGGUGACAGUGUAGCGUAUAAAGAAUUACCACAUGGUAACAGGAAAAAGAACUCGCGUCCAUAUAAGCGUACGAAACCCUCUGUAAUCAAAGACAUCAAAAGACGUGGUGUGGAUGAAAAGCCUAAACAGUUAAUUGACAAAAUGAAAUGUGAAGAAUCACUUAAUACAAAGAUCGAAGGUGUUAAUGUGCCUAGAAAUACAAAACAAAUAAAGAAUAUACAAAGCAACAUCAGAAAAGAAGCAAAGUUGAGUCACGAUAAUGACACUAUAAUGGCACCUAUUGUGGCUUCCUGUUUUCAAACAAAACAUCACAAAACAUUGUAAAUAUGUUUCUAAUAUCCACAGAUGAGUGAAUUAAUAACAUGUGCAGAAUAAAUGCUUCAGCUCAUAUAGAAUUUGCAUUUUACCCAAGAAAAAAAUUGAACUAUUUAUAUAUAGGCACUAUUUUCGACUACACCACGGAAGCUUACAACCGAAUUACUGACCUUAUU